AUGUUUAGAAUGUUUAAGGGACGGGAGAACUCCGACGAAGGUUCUCCACAAACCCCGAUGGUUUCUUCCUCGCCCUCGAUGUCGCAUCAGUCUCCGGUGACGGGACCAGCGAGGCCGAUACGCCUCGUCUACUGCGACGAUAAGGGAAAGUUCCGCAUGGACCCGGAAGCAGUCGCCACGCUCCAGCUUGUCAAAGGGCCGAUCGGCGUGGUUUCCGUUUGUGGCCGCGCUCGCCAGGGGAAAAGCUUCAUCUUGAAUCAGCUCCUUGGGAGGAGUAGUGGAUUUCAAGUAGCUUCGACCCAUCGGCCAUGUACUAAAGGGCUCUGGUUGUGGAGUGCUCCGUUAAAGAGAACUGCUCUUGAUGGGACAGAGUAUAAUCUAUUACUCCUAGAUAGUGAAGGAAUUGAUGCUUAUGAUCAAACGGGAACAUACAGUACCCAGAUAUUCUCCUUGGCUGUACUCUUAUCUAGCAUGUUCAUCUAUAAUCAGAUGGGUGGCAUAGAUGAAGCUGCACUUGAUCGUCUCUCUCUUGUCACUCAAAUGACGAAACACAUUCGCGUGAGAGCUUCUGGUGGAAAAACCACUGCUUCAGAGAUUGGACAAUUUUCCCCAAUAUUCGUUUGGCUACUAAGGGAUUUCUAUCUUGAUUUAACAGAGGAUAAUCGGAAAAUAACUCCACGUGACUACUUGGAGCUUGCUCUGAGACCUGUUCAGGGCAGCAAAAGAGAUAUAGGUGCUAAAAAUGAGAUUCGAGAUGCCAUUCGAGCGUUGUUCCCAGAUAGAGAAUGCUUCACACUUGUGAGGCCGCUGAACAACGAAACUGAUCUCCAGCGGUUGGAUCAAAUAUCGUUGGAAAGGUUAAGGCCUGAAUUUAGAUCUGGGCUGGAUGCAUUAACCAAGUUUGUGUUUGAGAAAACCAGGCCCAAGCAAGUUGGGGCUACUGUGAUGACGGGGCCUAUACUUGUUGGUGUCACGGAAUCUUAUUUGGAGGCCCUGAAUAACGGUGCAGUUCCUACAAUCGCUUCUUCAUGGCAGAGCGUAGAAGAAGCUGAGUGUCGAAGAGCAUACGAUGCGGCCACAGAAACUUAUAUGUCCUCCUUUGACCGCUCAAAGCCACCCGAGGAAGGUUCUUUGAGAGAAGCCCAUGAGGUAGCAGUGCAGAAGGCGCUGGCUGUGUUCAAUGGUGCUGCUGUAGGGAUUGGGACUGUUAGAAAGAAAUACGAAGAGCUUCUUCAGAAAUUCUUCAGAAAGGCAUUUGAGGAUUAUAAGAGGAAUGCAUUCAUGGAGGCAGAUAUGCGUUGUUCAAGUACCAUCCAGAGCAUGGAAAAGAGGCUGAGGGCAGCUUGCCAUUCUUCUGAUGCAAAUUUAGAUAAAGUUGUGAAGGUUCUUGAUGUUCUCCUCUCCGAAUACGAAGCAUCAUGCCAUGGCCCUGGAAAAUGGCAGAAGUUAGCAUUGUUCCUUCAACAAAUUUUGGCAGGGCCGAUACACGACCUUGCAAAAAGGCUUGUUGAUCAAAUGGGCACCGAGAGGACUUCCCUUAUGCUGAAAUGUCGCUCAAUUGAGGACAAGAUGGCAUUGCUGAACAAACAGCUGGAAGCUAGUGAGAGUCAUAAAUCCGAAUAUAUGAGGCGAUAUAAUGAAGCUAUCAGUGAAAAGAGGCAGCUUGCGGAUGAUUAUUCAAAACGGAUAGCCGACCUGCAGAGUGGUCGCAGCUCACUCGAAGAAAGGUGUUCUAGCCUAAGAAAGGCAUUGGAAUCUGCCAAGGAAGAGACAACAGAAUGGAAAAGAAAACACGAUAUGGUUUUGUCUAAGCAAAAAGCUAUUGAGGAUCAAAUUAAAUCUGAAGUUGCAGUUCUGAAGUCGAGAAGCAGUGCUGCAGAAGCAAGAAUGGCUGCUGCUCAUGAACAGAUGAGAUCAGCUCAAGAAGAGGCUGCUGAAUGGAAACGGAAAUAUGAUAUAACAGUAAGAGAAACCAAAGCUGCUCUGGAGAAAGCUGCUGUGGCUCAAGAACGAUCAAGUAAAGACACUCAGUUGAGAGAAGAUGCUUUGAGGGAAGAGUUUACAGGAGUUCUUGCUGACAAGGACGAGGAAAUCAAGGAGAAGAGUUCAAAGAUAGAAUAUGCUGAGCAGCGCAUAACUACAUUGAACCUGGAAUUGAAGGCUGCGGAGUCAAGGAUAGAGAGUUACGAUGCAGAUGUCUCAACUCUCAAACUUGAAAUCAAGACACUGGCUGAGAGACUAGAGUCUGCAAUGGCCAAUGCCCAAUCUUAUGAAAAAGAAGCUAGGAUGUUGGAACAGGAGAAGAUACAUAUAGAGGAAAGGUACCGUUCUGAGUUUGAGAGAUUUGCAGAAGUCCAAGAAAGGUGCACUCGGGCUGAAACAGAAUCCAAGAGGGCAGUCGAAGUUGCUGACAGAGCACGGACUGAUGCAGUCAAUGCACAAAGGGAGAAGAACGAGUUCCAGAAACUGGCAAUGGAGAGGCUGGCUCAAAUUGAGAGGGCCCAGAGACAAAUCGAGAAUUUGGAGAGGGAAAGAGCCUAUCUGACAAAGGAACUCAAUACGGUUCGUAAUUCGGAGAUGAAGGCCGUAUCGACAGUUUCACAGCUAGAAGGCAGAGUCGACGAACGGGAGAGAGAAAUCGAGAUAUUGCUGAAGUCGAACAAUGAAGAGAGGUCAACUAAUGUGAAAGCCCUUAAAGAUCUUCUUGAAGAUGAAAGGAAAGCCCACAGUGCUGCUAGCAAGAGGGCGGAAGAGCUCUCUCUUCAGUUGGAAGAGGCACGGGCAGAAUUGGACUCGCUCCAACAGGAGUUGACUUCAGUCCGGCUGAACGAGUCAGCAUUGGAUAGUAAGCUGAAGGCGGUUUCUCGUGGUAAGCGUGCUAGAAAUGAGGAUGUGGAAAUGGGGUCGGUUCAAGACAUGGGUGGGACAGGGAGAAGAGCGAGUAAGAGGGCCAGGAGCACCACUAGUCCCAUGGAUUACAGUGCACCGCCUCCAGCUGCAGCAGAAGAUGGUGGUUCAGUGUUCAUGGGGGAAGAAGAAGAAGAAGAUGAUACACAGAGUCAGCAGUCCGGUCAAGAGAACUACAUGAAGUUCACCAUUCAGAAACUGAAGGCUGAACUCACUAAGCACAAUUUUGGUGACCAGCUGCUUCAGUUGAAGAAUCCUAACAAGAAGGAUAUCGUUGCAUUGUAUGAGAAGUGCGUCCUGCAGAAGUCGUGA